UACAGAUGGAGAAGACGUCGUAUUCACUUUUUAAAUCUUUCUAAGAGAGCUGUUGAGAUGGAGAACAUGGGGACAGACUGCAGGGAUAAACCACAAACUGACUUCAUCUACUGUUGUGGAGCCAUCACAGAGGUUCUUAAAUUUGGUUCCUGUCAGUUACACUCUGGACAUAAAGUGCUUUUUCUCAUCAUUCCUGGUAACCCAGGUGUAGUGGGCUUCUACAGAACCUUCAUGCAAACACUUCAUAGUAUGUUUGGCUACCGUUACCCUGUUUGGGCCGUAAGCCACGCGGGUCACUGUUCACCCCCAGACUCCAUGGACAUGGUGGAAGAUGCUUCCUCGGCUACAGACAGGGACGUGUUUGGUUUGAACGGGCAAAUUGAACACAAGCUGGCAUUCCUCAGGGAACAUGUUCCUAGAGACACAAACCUGGUGCUGGUGGGACACUCCAUCGGCUGCUACAUUAUUUUGGACAUGAUGAAGAGAGACCCUGAACUCAAGGUUUUAAAGGCUGUUAUGUUGUUCCCCACCAUUGAGCGCAUGGCCCAGACUCCACAGGGCAAAGUCAUGACCCCUGUGCUGUGUCACAUGCGUUAUGUGGCCUACCUGCCCCUCUUCCUGCUCUCUCUGCUGCCAGAGGGAUUCAAAAGCAGCUUGAUUAAACUGGUGUUUGGUGGCAUUCCCUCUCUGGACCACACUGUAGUGCAGCCUACUGUAAGCUUACUCAGUGGAGACAGUGCAGCCAAUGCUAUGUACAUGGGGGGUCAGGAAAUGAGGAAAGUUCUGGAAAGAGACAACAUAACCAUCAAGAAAAACCUUGAAAAGCUUAUAUUUUAUUAUGGAGCUACAGACCACUGGUGUCCUGUACAGUAUUAUCAUGAAAUCAAACAGGACUUCCCAAGAGGAGAUUUCAGAUUGUGUGAAAACGGGUUCCGCCACGCCUUUGUCCUGGAUGCAGGGAGACAAGUCGCCAAAAUGGUGGUGGAAUGGAUCCGAGGAGUUUUGAGGACAUGAGUUCUUUAUCCUCUGUUUCCAUCCUCUGCUCUUCCUGUCCAAGAAGAACAUGAUGUCCUGACCGAUCAGCAAGGUUCAGUGGGCCAAAGUGAGAAGGCUUUUUCUUUCAGAAAAAAUCAUGAAAAUGAAAGCCACAUGCUGGAAAAAUAUGAGAUAUUAUUUUAAUAUAUUUUAUUUAUAUGAUUCUAUACUUUUAUUCCAAAUUUGUACACUAAUAUCUAACCUAACGCUGACAUGACAAUUGAUAUAAAGUACUUUUACUCAGAAGUGAUAUCCACUUAAACUAACAAACAAGUGCAAAUAUGCAAUGUGCAAAAGAUUCAUUGAAGAUGAUUAUGCUGGACGAACCAAGAAUAAUCUCAUUUUUCAAGAAAUAUUUCAAUUUAUUUUCCUACAAAUAGGAAACUGAUGGACAAAUAUGAUGUCUGAUACUUUUACUUAUACUUUGGGUUAUGCACUGAAACCUGAAAUGAACAAAACUAAAUGGACUAACUUGGAUUUGAAGCACAGACAUUGUAACCACUCUGCUGAACAAGAAAUGAUGAGAGAUAUAAUAAAUAACAGA